UUUAGUUCUGAUCUUAGUGAGCAUGAGGAGAAAACCCACAGCUGUCCUCAGUGCAGGCAGAGUCUCGCAACAAGGCCUGUCCUGGUGAAAAGUACCGUGUUGGCAGAGUUAGUGGAGGAACUGAAGAAAGUAUGACCUUAAGCUGCUUCACCUGGUCAUUCCUAUGUGAGACCUGGAGAGGUGGCCUGUGAUUUCUGCUCUGGAAUGAAAGUGAAAGCCUUCAAGUCCUGUCUACUGUGUAUGGCCUCCAGCCUCAUUACAGCGUAGCUCCAAUAAAGAAACACAAGCUGGUUGAAGCCACUUUGAAGCUUCGGGAGAACAUCUGCUCUUACCAUGAUGAGGUAAUGGAGAUUUUCUGCCGCACUGAUCAGAAGUGCAUCUGUUAUCUCUGCUCCAUGGAUGAUCAUAAAGGCCAUGUCACGGUCUCCGCUGCAGCAGAGAGAGCUGAGAGGCAGAAUGAGUGGGUGAGUCGGCAAAAAGUCCAACAGAAAGUCCAGGACCGAGAGAAUGAUGUCAAGGUGCUUCAGCAGAGGGUGGAGGUUAUCGACCAUUCCGCUGAUGAAGCUGUGAGGGACAGUGAUAAGAUUUUCUCUAAUUUGAUCUGUCUUAAUAAGAAAAGAAGCUCUGAAGUGAAGCAGCAGACCAGAUCCCAGCAGACAACUGACGUGAGUCGAGCUAAAGAGCUUGAGGAGAAGCUGCAGCAGGAGAUCCCUGAGCUGCGGAGAAAAGAAACUGAGCUGGAGAAGCUCUCACAUACAGAGGAUCACCUCCAUUUCCUGAACAACUAUGCCUCGCUGUCCUGUCUGAGUGAGUCUGAAGACUUAUCCAGCCUUAAUGUCUGUCCUCUGAGCUCUUUUGAGGAUGUGACAGCGGCGGUGUCUGAGGCCAGAAAUAAACUGCAGUCUGUUCUGAGUGAGGAGUGGUUGUUCUGUUAUGUCAAUUUAAUGAACAUCGUGAAAUGA